AUGGCGUCACGCCCGCGCCGAGCCGCGGCCCAAAAGGCCAAUACAGUAAUCGCUGACAUGGCUGACAGCGAUAAUAACGGCAAUACUCGGCUCAGUAGAACCAUGUCGUCCAGAAAUUCAUCACGCCGAUCUGAGGGUAAGACCGCCGUAGCAACUGUCACACGCGGCCCUCCGUCGUUACCCUCGGAUUCUAACCAGCAUAUUCAUGUCACAGUUAAGCUUCCUGCUAGCAAGCUCUGCCAGGCUAUAUCCAACCGCCAGUCGGUGGCCAGCAGGGAAGGCUUUGUCCCCGGGGAGAUAGUCGAGGGUAAGAGGAAUCGGAAUCAGAAGAAGAGCUACGUUGUAGACUCUAGCGACGAUGAAGAUGAGGACGCCCAAGGCGAGGAAGACGAAGAUGCUGAAGGUGAUGACGAUGACGUGGUAGAAAUGGGCGAGGACGACGUCGAGGGCGAGAUCGUCGUCGAUGACACCAUGGAUAUUGAUGCCGAUGGAGAUGAAGACGACCUUGUAGACGAGGAUGCCGAGGGUGAGGAUGACGAUAUGGUUGACCUACCGCCUCCGCAACCCACCAUCAAGGUCUCCAAGCCUACUAAAAGCACCCCUCAGAAGAAGAUCCCCGUCAAGUCAGGAAGCAAGGCAGUCGUCCAAGCGAAAGACAGCGAUGAUGAGGAACUUAGCGAGCUGGAGAGCGAGGAAGAGGAGAUCCACGACACCGUCAAAGUCGGAGGGAUGGGGGCUGCGUUGGGCGAUGACGACGCCGAGGGAGAGGAAGACGACGAUAUCGAGGCAGCUGGCGCGGGCGAAGAAGAAGAGGACGACGAUCUCGAAAGCGACGACGAUACUCCAGGAGGUGGCAGCCGAGCAGAGACACCUGAUCUCACAAAGAUGACAAAACGUCAACGAGCAAGGUUUGAGGAUGGCGAUGGACAACUGAUGAAACUCUCUGAUGAGGUGCAAGCAAAGAAACACUUCACUGCGGAGGAGUUGUCUAUGAGACGUUCUGAGAUGGCUCGGAGACGACGCAACCUUAGUGACAAGCGAAAUGAGGAAGUCAAGAUGGAGACAAUCAACAAGCUUCUAAAGAAGCAAGCUCCCAAGAUCAGCCGCAAGGCUCAACUGGCUGCAGAUGAAGCCACCGAUGCCGAGUCUCAGAAGCCGAACCCUGUCUUCGUAAGAUGGAUCAGCACCAAGGAGGGAAACCGGGUCGCUGUUCCUGAUGAGAUGCUUGCUGGCCCAACUGGUAAAGUCUUCAUUGCAGGUGGGCUCAAGAGCGGGAAGAUGGUGGAGGAGGUAUCUUGA